UGUCGAAAUUAUAGCUGUUCUUUGAAUUCAGGAUCAACACUCAUCUUGCAGCAUGUGUACUGGAAAAUGUGCGCUUUGCGUCGGGACAGGUCUUUACCCGCUGGCGGUCAUCUCCAUAAUAUGUAAUAUUAUACUGUUUUUUCCUGGCUGGGAUGUAAAAUAUGCACAGAAUCAACAGAUUACUGAGGAGGUCAAAUACAUGGGAGGACUAGUUGGAGGGGGAAUCCUGGUGCUGAUUCCAGCGUUUCACAUUCACCUGACUGGAAAACAGGGUUGCUGUGCUAAUCGCUGUGGCAUGUUCCUGUCCAUUUUAUUUGCAGCAGUGGGUGUAGCUGGUGCCCUUUACAGUUUCGUAGUGGCAAUGAUGGGUCUAAUCAAUGGGCCAUACUGUAAACAAUACUAUAUCAUGUGGGGAACUCCCUUCAAAAACCAAGAAGAGAGUUACCUUAAAGACCGUAGCAGCUGGGGAACCUGCACUGAGCCAAAGAAUGUGGUGGAGUUUAAUGUGGGUCUGUUCUCAACACUGCUGGUGACCAGCGCUCUGCAGCUCAUCCUCUGUGGCACACAGAUGAUCAACGGCCUCUUCGGCUGCCUCUGUGGAACCUGCAAAGAGAAAGGGCCGCUGUAAUCCAGGAGCCAGAGAUCACAUCCUCGUGUCUCAUAUAACCAGCGUCCUCUCGUGGAAGAUGCUCUCCGUUUGUUUGUGUACACUUCUUCAAAUCUUGUUUUCAUCUAUUGGUUUGUUGCUGAUGUUUAAUACUGUUUUUCUAGUAAAAGCUUAUGUACAAUGACUUCCAGUGCAAAUAUUUUAAAGGAAAAUGGCUUUAAUUAAUAGCAUAACACUUGUUUUGUAUCCAUCUGUAUUUUUAUAGUUUAGAAAUGAAAUAAACAUUCCAAAAUAUAAAUAAAAUCCAAACUUGUA